AUGAACGGGAUGUUCAAAAAUAUUACGAUUUUAUCGCUGAUUUCGACAUUACAAUGUUCAUCGCAAGAUGACUAUUGCGAUUCGAUACAAGUUAUAACGAAUUUUUGUAUCAAAAGACAUGUUCAAACGAUAACGGCCGCUACGUGUUGGCCAUCAGGUACAAAAUGCCGUACAAAUGGGUAAUUUUAGAUUAAUUUAUGUUUUAUACAAUUAUUAUUAUAUAGAGGUCAGUGUACAAUUAUUGAAGAAAUUGUCAGCGAUCGAUAAAUCAUUGAGUUUCUGUCUGCAGUUCAAACCUCAAACACACGUUACGUGGUAUAGACACGGGCUUAUGGUCGAUUUAUCUUACAACAAAUCAAUAAACUUUAUCCAUAACGUUGUUAUACCAUUAUAAUAUUACGAGUAAUUUCUACGUAUUAUAUUUUACAAUCUAACAAUGCGAAUUAUUUUAAAAUUCUCAACUUUCGGUUUAAAAGGCAUGGGGAGAUGACGCCAUGAUUAUAGCGGAAAAACAGAGACAACUCUUGGUCCAAUUGCUUUCCAAUCUUGCAUAUUUCAAAUUUCUGCUAUUAGGUCAUUUAAAAUAAUAUGUAUAUUAUGUUUAAAAACAACUUUCCAGGACCAAAAUAAGAAAAACCACUGAAUAAAUGAAUAUGUCGGGAAAUCAACGUUAUUUCUGCGGAAAUUCUCAUUAGUAUGAGAUCAAUAUAGUAUUCAAAACGUACUUAUUGCAAUUUCAAACAUGACUUCUCCAAGUGACAAGUCCUUUUAUUUAUUUGUUGUUUUCAAUGUCUUAGUUACCUUGGUAACAAUGGAAAAAGGUUCAGAUGCCACGACUAAUACAAUACUCUAUUUUUCGUUCGCAAAGCUUUAUCGUUGCAUGCAGUAAUUUAUUUUAAACUAAAUCACCCUAUAUAGUAUCCUACCUUCUAAACUACCCACUAACACCAGUGGCCUACCCAUGGUGUGCAGACGUAUGUCCAGCUUUUUUUUUUAUCUGAUCAUUAAGUAUUGAUUAUAAGCAUAUACACUGCUCGUGUACACGCUAUGGUGACCUGAAACUUUGGGCAGUUUGCCAAAGUUCGAUGUGGUUGUUCAUAAAAAUAUAUUUCAUCGCUUUGGUAAAAAUCUUUAACCGAAAUAUACGUUAUUACAAUAAUAAUUAAUUUGACGAUAAAUGAUAAAAAUGGUGUGGAGUUUAACGGCCGUUUUACGGUGUGUCUCGUUAAGAUUUACGAUUUUAAAACGGCAGAAAACUAUAAUGUAAACAGUAAAAACGAACAUCAUCUGUCUUAUUUCAAAACAGUGAAUUCUCGCACGAUGCCACACGUAUACAUAUAUUAUUUAGGUACUUUGUCGAAAAACAAUAUUUCAGCUGCCAAAAUGGCUUCGUCAUAUUAUUUUACGACAAUUUAAAACGUAUUUUAGGAAUCAAGAGAUCCAAUAAUACGAAAACUUUACGAAACAAAAAUAACGCCAUAUUACGAAAGUGAUUUGUUCACAGACGCGGCAAAGGGCACAGAAAGAAUUUGUACGGAAUUUCACGGAUUUAUGGUACUCGUACACGAUAAGAUAAACACCCAUGAACAACAGAGCUCUGCUCUGGACACUAGAGUUGAAUUUUCCCCACUGUUUUUGUAUAGUCGAAAUGUUAUUUUCAUAAUAAUAAAUGACAAAAUACUAUAAUAAUUCACAGCUGUAUACUUUAUUAUGAUUAUACUGAAAAGGGAGAAAUUCAAUAGGGUUUGAAUAUUGACACACUUAAAACCUCCAGAAUGCACGUCCUCGAUACUAAUCCCGUGCGUAUAAGAAAUUUCCUUAAUCUGGCGUUAUUUUGGGAGUCUGUAGAUGUAUACAAAGCUAAAAUACACCUUUCUUCCGCUGGUUAAGUUCAUAUUGAAAUUCAAUUCGGCUCUUAUCACGUCGAUCCGCCUACGAAACAACACCAGGAUUUCCGAGUAUGAGCCGAUUCGGCCCAGAAAGAUCGACUAGAAAUUGUCAUAGUUAGGAAAUACGUAUAUACUAUAACAGGCAAAAUAUACAAUGUAAUAGCGUCUGGUUUCGGGGAAAAUUCGACGAUAAUAAUCGAUAUAAUAGUUUAUUAUUAGAUUGUUUAUUAUUUUGUCGUUUACAUAGGUCGAAAAGACAUCGGCAUACCGAGUUGUUAAUAAGAAAUGGCAAGAAGACGAGAAAUGCGGACUGUACGAAAUUCAGCUAUUCAAGUUGCCCCAUUACUUUCCGGUAAGUUAAAAAAUCCGGCCACAGAGACGUGUUCGAACAAAAGUACGUUGGUUUUUUCGCCAUCCGUCCGUUUUUUUUUUUUUUUUUUUUGUAAAAAAAUUACCUAUACCGAUGAGACGUCGAAUACAGUACUCAAUAAUAUUUUUCUCCUUUCGUCAAGGCUGAUCCAAGAACAACAAUUCGGAAUCAGACGUCGUUUCAUUGAACAGUGGACGCCGCCCUAACCGAUAUGCGACUCUACGAAAAGAAACAGACAUUGCGUUACAGUUGUUCGGUUACGGGAUAUUCGUUUCUUUCAUGACUUUUAUCUUAGUACUUGUGUAUCAUCACGCUUUUGUAAACUAUCUUCGUCCGAAAUAUAGAAAAAAAAGUACGCUUUUGAGUGGCCAAGUCGAACACAGUGUAUUAGUUAUAAUAUGUUGUGUAUGUAUCUGUACCAACGAUGAGAUGUAUAAUAUUUAUCGAAAUAUUAGUAAUAACAUAUGNUGUAUUAGUUAUAAUAUGUUGUGUAUGUAUCUUUACUAACGAUGGGAUGUAUAGUAUUUAUCGAAAUAUUAGUAAUAACAUAUGUGAAAAAUUAAAUUAUUAAAUCGGUAUUAAAUUUUUUGUUGUUUUAGAUUAUAAUUUUAUUAUUAUUUAAUUAUAAAUUUACAUUUAAUUAUUAAAUUUUAAUUAAAAUUUCGUUGCGUUUGCUUUCAUUCUGAAAAUUUGACUCGUAUACUUGUAGAUACGCAGUAUACUGCAAUAUCCCAAAAACGGUCGACAAGUUUAUCUUGCGUGAUAUCCGUCGAAUAAAACAAUAACACUUUAGAGAUAUACGAGUACAAAUAUAAAAUCACUACGAUUGUUUUAAUAUCUCAGAGUGUGAGUAUCAUCCUUUUCUGAAAACGAAUCGAUUUUCGUUUUUUUAAAUAAUGUUUAAAGGCCAAAAUAGCCCCUUUACUAAACAAAAUAAUAUUAAUAAUAAUAAUCAUAAUGUGGGGGAUAACAAUAAUGCAGUACUAAUAAUAAUGGUCGAUAAAAUAAAAUGUUUAAAAGGCAAGAAGAGCGGUUAUGAUAUUCGAGCGAAAUAACAAAACGAUAGAAAAAUAUAACUUUUCAUUGUAAGUACUUAGGUACAUGAUUCAAUUUAUCGGAUUCGUACGAUAUUAAGAUAAUAUGUUGAACUUUUCGGAAAAGUUAGCAAAAUACGUGGCAAGUAAUCGUUGCUAUAAAUUGUGAUCGUACAUAAACUUAAAUUGCAAACAUUUACUCGUAACUAUUGCAAGGUUUUAUUUCUCAAUGGCUUUAUAAGUCUUAUCUAAAAUCCACAUAGAGAUUCCAAAUUUCGGGACGUCUACAAUAACGAUUAUACAAUGUUACGGUUAUUUCGAAUGAUAACAAAUAAUAAUAUUGUUCCGAUAAAGAACGUUUAAAAUAUAAUAAUAUCAACUAAGUUUUUGAACAGUCUAAUCAUAAUUUCAAGAAAGUUAUAAAUUCAAAUUCGAUUUUAAGUUAAACCGCAACGGAAACAGUUUUCUCGAACGGAUUGUGCAAUUAUUUUGGACAAUUCGUUUCAACAAACUACGAGUGUUAACAGUUUGGGGUUUGUACAAAAUUCAACACCACCAACCACAAAUUAUAAAGACCGUCCGAUAAACUGUUGAUGUAUAGCUCUUGUCUGUGUGCAAACACAGCAACAUUUAAAGGCAGUGUUUGAUUUGGGAGGGGACGCGGGAACACUGAGUACCUCAACUAUUUUUUUUUAAUAUUCUAACGUUCUGCUAUUAAAGUACUUAUUGAACUAUUAACUAGAGUUACUCAUUAGUUAUUACACGUGUAUACAUGAAAUUAAAAAUUUUAUGCUAGAAACCGUGUAAUCCGAAAUUCACGAAUGCGAAAUCGUGAAAGAUAAAUCACGUGAAUAUAAACUUUAAAAUAAUCAAAUAAACGUGUUUUAAAUAUUUCCCUUUUUUGAUGCACAAUAACAAUAAAUGCAUAUGAUAUCUAGUUAGUGACGAAUAAAGUCGUUUUGAUUUUUGAAGUUUCGAUUUUAUUUUUCUACAAGAAAUUUUGCUCCGAUCAAAAAAUGACAAGACACACGGCACUAGUAGGUAUAUAUAAUAUCUAUACAUAUGACCAUUAUGGCGUAUUGACUUCUUCAAUGCGCCAACUAGAUUUAGAAUGCUACAAAUAAGCUUUUUGUUAUUUUUUGUUUGGCAUACAAUUUCUAGUAAAAAAUCAAAAUCGAACAUGAUGAAACAUAAUGAUCACGUGGAUUUAAAUCACGGAAUUCACGUAUUUGGAAAUUCACGUGUCACGUGAAAUACGAAAAUAAACAACAUAAAUAUCCGUGUACACGUAUACAAUAAAAUACGUAUUUUAUUAGGCCCUCUAGUAAUAAUGGUCAAUUGAACAAUACACUAUUAUCUUGUUUAACCCAGUGAUCAAUAUUCUCAUCACGAUGAAGAGAAGAUUAGGAUGUGUCACUUCAAUGCUAUGAUGUUGACGCAAACAAUUAUGGCAGUUUGGUACCUAGUUCAUAAUUGCUCACCAGAGUACGGUAUGCCUAGCAUUUGCCUGACGACCGAUUUUUAUAUACGUUUCAAUAUUGAUUUGUACAUAAUUUGUAUUUAAAUCUAUACAGAGUGCCCCCACAGAGAUAAUCAUAAAUAAUAAAUCAUAAUAAUAAAUAAUAAUAACAUUGUUAUAUUUUCGGAGAUAAUAAAGAUAACCAAAUUCUGUUUUUAUUAAAUAUUAUUCACAAAGAUAGGGAAUGCGAAUAUUUCUAUUUCAAGUAAUUUUUUAUAUUUUGGUAAAAAAAUUUAAAAAUAACUUUUUAUUUUAUUGGUUUUGAAAAAUUUGAAGAUAGUCACUUUAAAAUGUUUAUUCUUCUGAAAGUUGUAACUUUUUGUUUUCAUUAAAUUAUUUUAAUAUUUUUUUAAAGUUCAGAGACGAAAAUUCUACAGUCAGUUAGUUAUAAUAAUAAGAAUCACUUAGCGAAUGCGAUUACAGUCCGCUGCAUAAUUAUGGGUAUUUUUCAGAACUUUAAAAAUUAUUAAAAAUUACGAAUUUAAUGAAAACCAAAAGUUGAUACAUCAACAUUUUCAGAAGAAUAAACUCUAUAAAAUAGCUAUCUUUAAAUUUUUCAAAAACAAUAAAAUAAAAAGUUAUUUUUUUAAGUUUUUUACUAAAACAUACAAAUUUAAAUCAAAUAUAAAUACUUUUAGUUCUUAUCCCUACAAAUAAUAUGAAAAAAAAAAAAAAAAAAAAAACAGAAUUUGAUUAUCUUUAUAUCUUUAUUAUCUCAAGAGAUAUUAUAAUGGAAAUAAUUUUCGUAGGGCACCCGGUAUGAUGUUCCAAUAUCAAUUGUAGUAAUAUUGGGAAGUAUGUUAACAUAUUUCAAAUAUGAUAAAUUGAUAUAAAUAAAAUGUUAUAAUUAUAUAUAUAUAUAUAUAUAUAUAUAUAUGUAUAUAUAGUAUGUAUUAUGUUUAUUUAUUUAUUGAUACAUAUUGUGUAUAAAAACGAAAUAAUUAAUGCCUACCACUGUUUGUAAAUGAUAAUAGAAAAAAUUAUUUAAUCAAGUUUCAUUUUUAGAAAUUUGUUCAACUGUUAAUGUUCUCCGUUCUCCCAUACGAGAUCUACUCGUGGUUUUUAAUUUUUGUAGUGUUGUAAAAAAAAAAAUCCAGAAUGCCAAAUCAAUGUUUCGUGGUGGGAUACAAAACCAGCUAUGCUAGUAUUAUAUUCAAAAAUUAAAAAUCGAAAAUAAAAAACAAGCAACUUUGUUUCGUGCAGAAAAAGUUUGAAUUUGUUUUAAUUAUUCAUAAAUAAAUAAAUACUGAACUAUGAGGAAAAAAAUUGUGUCCGCUGUACACAAAGUAUUCGUAACACUAAAACCGGCCUUGAAAAUUGAAAAAUGAUUAAUUUAUACAAAAAUAAGUUUGUAACUGUUUUUUUAUAGAUAUUUUAAUGUUGGUUUUAAAAAAAGACAAGUUAUAAAUAUCUAAACGAUUAUUACGUUAUACCGUUUUGUUAUGAUACGUGUCUAAUGGUUUUAUAUUAAUGCUUCUAAGGGGUACUGUAAAAGGAGGCGUGGGGGCGAAGCCCUUUUCGGUAAUGUGAGGGAUAUUAAAAUGUUGAGGACGCGCUGUAUACAGGUACUGUUACACAUAGGUAAUUAUUUUUAUUUUCGUAUGCUUUGAGGGGAACCGACAUUUAUAGUUAUGACUUAUGACUCAAUGGUAGUGAAUAAUUAAAGAUGUUAACUUUACAAAUCGUGAGUUUCUAAUAAUGUGUUAAUAUUAAAAUAAUAAACAGCAGCUACAAAAACCACAAAGAACAGCAAUGGCAUUUUUGUUGAAAUGGAUAUUUUUUUAAUAGGUAAGUCAACAAUAUAUCGCGUUUUUUUAGUAGACAAAUUAUUGAACAUUUACUUUUAUAAAAAACGAAAACGUUUAAUUUUGUGUUCCACAUACGUUUUAUUAUAAAAAUAAUAGUGAGGCGGAGGAAAACGGUUAAAAAUAAUUAUGCCUAGUUUUUACUAGUUUGAAAUAAAAAUAAAAUAAAUGUAGGGACAAUAUUUCGACAAAGGGAAUGGAUAAACGAAUAAUUCGAAAUUAUUUGGUAAGUACCCGUAUAAUAGAUGUUAGGUACUUUACAAAUAACUAUAAUUUUUUUGCCAUGUAGAUUAUGUACCCACUAAUACGAUUUCCUUUGAUAUGAAAUCACUUUUGUUCUUUCGGGCGGAUUUUUAAUGACUUAGUUAAACUGUGGCCUAUACUAUUUCGACCAAAAUAUAGAGAAAACAAAAAUACCGACUCACUCAGACGGUAAUUUCAUUCGGGUUCGAGUAUACAAUAAAUACUCUAGGUUAAUGUUUGGACGGACUUUUCUGUGUUCGAACUCGGGGUAAUGUGUAUGUUAUAUAUUUUUAUUUCAGUGGCCGCAGUAACCGUUAUUCCUGCGGCGGACGCCGAUUCGUUUAAAUACGACGGAAUUCUACGAGUUUUAACAAACGUUUUUCUCCGGAGACACGUCCAAACAGUAACUGCGCAUACGUGUUGGCCGUGCGGUUAAGUCAACUUUGCCCACAUGAUAAUAUUACAUUGUUCAAACAUGUUUAAUUUAACAAAAUAUUUUAUACUUUCGCUGUAUUAUUGUACAACAGUAUAUACCAGCUAUCGCGUCGAAACGAAUAACAUUCGACUCUUACGAUAAUUUAUUGUUGUUGUGUUGAAUUUAUAGAUAUCGAAAUGAAACUUUUGGAAAACCUAUCGGCUAAUGAUAUAUCCGUGUCCUUCGGCAGCAGCCAUUCCGCCGUGGUGCGGCGAACACAAGCCACGUGGUACAGACACGCAUAUUUAAUUGAUCUGUCUUGCGAGCGGUCGACGAAUGUCUUUCAAAGGGUAAUAUUUUAUUCGUCGUCUGUAUGGCUUGUUAUACAUGCAUGAUAUACAGGCUGCUCAACAUAACAAUAUCAAAAUUUUUUCGGAAAUUAUUGUUUAGAACAUUUAAGAAAGAAACAUCACUAACAUUUUACAUUACCGUUAUUCUUUGUCAUCUUUAGUUUUUAUGGAGAUACCGCCACCCACUUUUGAUUUUUAAAUGUUCACAUCAAAAAUUCCAUAAAUAUGAGAGAUUUUAGUUUAAACAUAUUUUGGUGGUUGACAUUUUUAAUUUUCGUCAAUCUGUUGACAAGAUAUUUUACUUAACGUUUGCCCUUAUUUCGGUAGAAAAAUUGUAGUGAAACGUAUUCAAAUCACACGCACCGCGCCACCACACAAAUGAUACUUCAAUAUUGUGAGUAUUGUCCUCCUAUCCAAAAUUAAAAGUGGAAUAUAUCAUUAAAGAGUUGUCCGAAAUUGAAAAAUGUCAAUACCAAAAUUUACUAAACCUUCAUCUACCCAUGCAAUUUUAAUUCUACUUGAAAAUCAAAAUUAGGUAGAGGUUCCCCCUCCCUAAAUUAAGGGUGACAAUACAUAACAGAAAUACUUGCCACGGGAAUGAGUUUUUUCCGUUGUGUUGAUCACUCUGUAUAUGAGUAUUUUAUUGUAAAUUGCACCACCGUACGGGUCGUUUAUUUUAUUAUUGACUUCGCAAUGCUAUUAAGAACAGUAUUGAAAUUGCAAUUACUGUAUUCAAUUUGUUGUAUGUGAAGUUUUUUUUUUUUUUUAUCGUUAAUUUUAUAGAUUUCAAACUUCCGAGUGGUAUUUAAUGCACAAAACGAUUGGAUACUGUUAGAUGGACAACCCGUGGUCGCGAACGAAACAAAUAUGACCGCCGCAUCUCUCGCCACGGAAAUAUUUCAAACUUAUUUGGGUGAAGCGUACGUCUUACCAGAUUCAGGUGUAUUUUUGUUCCAAAUGACUGGACAAAAGGACUUUUGGCACAUUUGGAACGGUUUUCGGGCCAGUAAAUCGGACACGAUGAGAGUAUACAAAAUAGGUACGGCGUCCCCGGAAAGUUUAGAGAUCGACGAUUUACGUGAGGAAAGGCGAGAUUUUCGGGGAAUAACACUGAAAGUGAACACAGUCGUACGUAAAUAUGAAUCCUAAAGUAUUAUAAUUAAAAAUGAAAAGAAAAAACUACUGAAAAAAAAAAUAUUAUUAUUUUUCGCCGAUCAGAUCGUAGAGAAAGAACUUUUUUCGGGAUUUAAAAAAAAGAUAAGUUCUGAACUGGAUAUAUUCUCUCACAUACAUUACGAAAUGAUCGAAACGUUAUCUCAACAGUUGAAUUUUAGGUAUGUAAGUAAAUUGUUUGUAAGCUUUUAGUACAAUAAUAAUUAGCGCCUGGAUACCUCGAAAAUGCACUAAAAAAUUCCAAAAAAUUCACUAAAAAGUGCGAAAUAAAAAUUAAUUCUUCUAAUCUAUUUAAUUUUUUUAUAAUUAUUCAAUUUUAAAAUGUAUUUAAUUUAAAGUUUAUCUAUAUAGUUUGUACACGAAUUCAUUUAUUUAUUAUUACAACAUAACAAACGCAAUAACAUAUUAAGUUCUAUUUAUAGUAUAAUUAAUUAGGCAAUAACCAUAAUAUAUUGUGUGUGUGUGUGUGUGUGUUUUAUUAUUAUUUUGAAGGAUAUCUCUCGGUAUCAACGAUGAAUACGGUUGGUCAUAUGGUAAUGGUACAUUUGGCGGCUUAAUGGGUGUUCUACAAAAAGACGAAAUCGAUUUGAGUGGAGCUGGUGUUUUGAUCCGCGCGGAUAGGUUGGCAGUGGUCGAUUAUACAAUUGGUACAAUGUCAUUUCGGUAAAUUUUUCCCGAUUUUUGUUAUUUUAAAGUAAUAAUUUCAAUAAUUAUAAGAUGACCAUCGUCUAUACAUAUAAAAACGAAAGUGUCCUGAGUGGCUGAUUCAUAAUUAACGCAGAGCCGAACCUCUUAGUGCUAUCUAUUUUAAAUUUUGAGGAUAGAUUAGUAUUAUAAUUUCACCGUGUACAACAUUUUAAUUUUAAGGGGUUAAAAUCGGCAAAAAUAAAAUUGUACGUGUAAAUACAUAAUGUAUAUGCUAAUAAUAGCUGAUAAUAUAUUAAUCAUAAUAAAAUAAUAAUAAUAUAAUCAUAUAAAAAUCGCUUUUAAGACUAAUAAUAAUAUUUAAAAACUCUACAAAAAAUCCCCCUUCUUUUGAAAAUGCUGAUAUAUAUAAACUUAAAUAUAACUGUAAUACAUUUAAAAUAGAAAUUUCAAAAUAAGACAUAAAGAACACAUUUCUGAAAUAAAAUUAAAAAGGACUGUCCCUGAUACAAAUUUCACUAAACAUGUUUUAGAAAACAACCAUGAUAUAAGUUUUGAUAUCAAUACAGACUUAGAAAUAUUAAAUACCCAAAAUAAAAUUUACAUUAAUUCAGUCAUAGAAGAAUUACACGUACACAAAUAAAUAAAGAAAAAUAAUCUGUAUAUGUAUACAUAUAAAAUAACUUGUCAUGACUGAUUAAUCAUCGUCUAACCCAAAAUACUGAACAGAUCGGGCUGAAAUUUGGCACACAGAUCGCUAUAACGACGCAGGCAUCCGCUGAGAAACGAUUUUUAAAAAUUCAUCCCUUAAGGGGGUAAAAUAGAGGUUUUUAGGUAUAUUUGGUACGAAUAUCUAAUUGCAUAUUUGUUGUUUUAUUUUCUUUUGUUCAAGGGUUACCUUGGUGAUACGGAUGAUAAUUUAGUUGUCACGAAUAAGAAAACUAUUAUAAUUAUAAUUGUUAAUAUUAUUUACACUAUUAAAAUGUCACAAUAGAAUACUUUUAAUCCGCUCAAGGUGGACUACUCACUUUCCACUUAAAUGUUUUCAUUCAAUUCUGACAUGGUCAAAACCAAAAAUGAAUGUGGGUAAAAAAAAUAAUAAUACAAAUUGUCACAGAUAACGCCGGGCACAGGACAGCUAGUUUCUAUAUAAAUAUAUAAUGUUCAGACCAAGAUGAUUUAUUUUUAUUUUCUCUCCUUCUUUCUCUAAUUUUUUUUCUUAAAACAACAUUUUUGCAGUUAGUAAAAUAUUCGAAAAAUGUAUAAACUGGAGAUUUUAUACUCAGUGAUACUUUACGUGAACCAAUUUUCUAGAUUCCUAACAGUAUUUCUAAAAUAUUUAAAACAGCACACAUCAAAACAACUAAUAUAAUUAGUACAAUUAUUAUUUACUGUCCAUUUUAUAUUACCGUAUGAUAAUAAUAAUUAUUGUUUAUGCACUUAAAAAUCAAUAUCAAAUUUUCACCGAAAAUAUAUGUUUUAAGUCCAGUGUAGCAUAUGUGUGCGUGUGUGUCUGUGGUCAGCUUUUUAGCUAAGCUCAGUGCUCGAGUAGAAAAAAUAAGUGUGAUUUUCAUUAUACUUUUAUUAAAACUCUAAUAUAAUAUUAUAAAUACAAUUGUCAAUACAAACACCGUUGAACUGAAACAUUGACAAUAAAUUAAUAACGAUCUACUAAAAUAAAAAAUGAUCAGCAAUAAUGAUUUACCUGCUAUUCACUAAUUGUAUGAAAAUAAAUUCUAAUAAAGGGAAAUCGACAUUGAAAUCGUCCAAUAUCCACCGUAUAGCCACCCAGGGGCGGGGAUAUAGAUGAAGAUAUACCUUAUGAUCUUACCUACACUAUAAACUCCUCUCAAUCAUCUAAACUAACAGUAAUUUACCCAUAGCACGAACCGUGUGCGGCGUUUUUUUUUAAAUUACAAUAUUAUUGUUUGUUAUAAUACAGAAAUAUAGCACUGUUCAGGCAGCCAUCGCUGUCCAGCGUAUACAACAUUUUAUUAUUACCGUUCACAUUUGAAUUGUGGUUAACGGCAUGGCUCGUUGUUUUCGUAUUCGUAUUGGUACUGGUGAUCUUAACGCGUACGAUUGAUCGAAUCAAAAAAGACGUGAAAAACUCCAUGAGCACUCUGGAAAUCUUUACAUUGGUCCACGGAGCUGUCUGCCAACAAGGUAAAUUAUUAAUGAAACACUACAAAAAUAAAUCGCUAUUAAUCGAGUUUACUUAAUAAUCCGCUCCUCGAGUGGCGCUCAUUCCACCUUAAUAAAAUAUACAUAAUGUAUUAUGUAUUAAAUUUUAAACGUUUAUUUUUAUUGAUCGCGAGUUAAUUUUUCGAGUAAAAAAAUACGUACUGAUCUUUAGAACACGAUAUACUACGAGCUGUUAUGCUUUUGGGUCUUAAAAAUCAAAAACUUUUUUUUUUAUAAAAACUGAGUAUAAUUGUCAGACAUUCUCACAUGUUUUCUUGUUCAGAAUACUUGAAUUGUUUUAACGGUUAGCUGAAGUGUUUGAUGAGCUGUAAGAAUUCAACUACGCGUAUAGUGCAUUAAUUAAUUUAUUAGAUCAGUGUUUUAUUUAUAAAUUAAAUUGAACAACAGCACGACCGAUCAUAUUCACAGGGUACAGCGUAUCGAGGAAUUGUGAAUCCAUCCGGGUGGUCGUUUUCGUUCUGUUUUCGACAUCGCUGUUUGUGUAUAUUUCGUACUCAGCAAGUAUUUCCGCGUUAAUUCAGUCAAACAGUAACUCGAUAAGUUCUGUCCGGGAUAUAGUGGAUUCGUCUAUGACUUUCAGUGCCCAGAUAAGUCCAUACGGAAAAUAUUAUUUCGAAGUAAGUAUUCGUAAAGAUACCUACUUUCUAGAAACGUAAAAUAUCUAACCAGGUGAUCCAUUUAAGUGAGUACACUCAUUAUCUCGAAAAAUAUUAACUUUUUCCGGCAUUUGUUUUCUAGAACAUUUAAGAAACAAGCUGCACUACAAUUUUUUACUUACGUUAUUUUUCGUCGCCCUUAUUUUUGGAUUUAAAACCAUUACCUACUUUUGAUUUUCAAAUGGCGACCAAUAUUAAAAAUUUCAUAAAUACGUAGAUGGAGUAUUAGUUAAAAUAAAUUUUAGUGCUGAAAUUUUUGAUUUCCGUCGAUCCGUUGACGAGAUAUUCAACUUUUAAAUUUUGGUAAUACAUAAACUUAAUAUUAAUAAAACAAUAUUUCAGUAAAAUAUUAGAAUAAGUAUCAGACUGCUGUGAUUUAUGACGUAUUUAGGAUGGAACGAGGAAUUACCUCGGGAAUCAAUUGUUUAGAGUUUAAACAAUUAGGGGGCAAAAGCAUUUGAUAAUAAUUAAGUACCUAUAAAAUAUUUAGAGUUUGUUUUUGUAAAACGUUUUUGCAUAUAUGUAUUUGCCGCUUUGACAGUGAUUCAUUGCUAUUAUAUGUUUAAUAUUUUACUGUUAUUUAACUUUCUUAACAUUAAUUUGUAUUAACGAAUAAAAACAGGUUUCCAUUACCGAUGUACCUGUAUAUAAAAAAAUAUAUUUAUAUUCAAAUAUAUUUCAUGUAGGCGAAGGGGGGGGGGUGGGCAGCAUUAAAAUUUUACCUCAUCAAAACUCUAAAUACGUCUUUGAUGCAACAAUAAACAAAUAAAUAAAACAAAAUUGAUCGCAUUACAGGACGUAACUUUUUUAUACUAGGUAUGUGAUUCACUAUAAAUGCAAAAAGGGUAUCACAUGUUUAUAUUUUUUUAAGAAAGACAAAAAACUCCUUAAAUACCUAUAGACUUAUAAUAUUUUAUGAAGUGACUAUAAAAACUUAUAAAUGAUAGGGAAAACUAUAACAAGUAAUUUUUCUUUAUUGAAAAAAUUUAAAUUUUAAACAUGUGCUACUUCUGCGUUUAGCGUUUAUAUAACUUAAAGUGAAUUGCACACAUUUCCACUAUAGAAAAUUAACUUCCAUACUACAUUUCCUUAGACCCUUGUUAAAAUCAAAACUAUCCUUGAAAAAUAAGCUUAUAAUUUACAAGUCCAUAACCCGCCCAGUCUGGCUCUACGACAUCCAAAUUCAGGAGACUGCAAAGCCUGGAUGGCUUUAUAUCCAACAUUAGUACCCUUCAGACGUUUUAGUUCAAAUGCCUUCGCUUAAUGUUAUUUAUUAACCACAACCUUCACAAAGACCUAGAAUUACCGACCCUUAACGAGCUAGCCAAAUCUCGUAACGCCAAAUUUUGUUCUAAACUACACUCUCACUUCAAUCCACUAAUUAAAAAACUGACGCUGAAUAAAAUGGCGCUAACCCAGGGACUUUGUAAACGCAUAACGUCUUAAAUAAAAAUAAACUGGUCAGGUAGCACUUCUGAGAGCUUUUUGUUUUUAAACAUUGUAACAUUUUUAUUUUUUCAAAUCUAUAGUCAUCAGACUUACUUAUGACACCAUUGUAUAGAUUGUAAAUAAAUACAAUUUAAAAUAAAAAAGAACAUUAACUUCUUUUGAGAAUUUUUUUAGGAAACUGACAAUCAUUUAAUAAAGACGCUAUAUAAACGAAAAAUGUUAAUCAACGGAAACAAAGCUUUUACUUCAGCUUCGGAAGGCAUGAGAAAAAUUCGAACGGAGUUUCACGGAUUUAUGGUUUUUGAAAACGAAUACGUAUUAAGAAUAUAUGUUAUUUGUAUUUAUUUUUUUCGUGUUAUAUACAGACAGAGGUGAUUUCGGCUUAUAAAAUUAUCGCUAAUGAAUGGCGAGAAGAAGAAAAAUGUGGAUUAACCGAAAUCCAGAUUUUUGACUUACCGCCGUUAUCGAUCCCGUUGGUGAAAAAUUCUGGACAUAGAGACUUAUUUAAACAGAAGUAAAUAUGUCUUAUAAUGCGCUACGAUGUGUUGUAAUAUAAUUCACAUAAUAGCUCAGUAUAAAUACGUUUGACUUUUGAUGUUCACACGAAGGUUGAUACAUCAAAUGGAAGUCGGGAUAAUCAAACGGGUCAUCAACCAAUGGAUAGCUCCGAAACCGUCUUGCCAAUCGUUACACAGAUACAACAAACACAUUAGAGUGUCCAUCAAAGAGAUACACCUAACGAUCGAAGUAUUUGGAUUCGGUGUCUGUAUAUCGUUGGGAAUAUUUGCAAUAGAAAUUGUCUACCAUUAUUGGGCUGUUCACAAAAAUAAAAAAUAA